AUGGGAUCAGGAAAACAAGAUGAGCAACCUUCGGAUCUUCUUCUCAAAUGCCUCAACAGUGGUCGUGUGGAUGUUCUAUGUUCUCUUCUCUCACAAAUGAAAAACAAGCCGGAUUACCAUGAUAACGUUGAUGUACUGUGUUGUGAUGAAGGCACCUUACUUCAUCGUGCUGUCGGACUAGAUUCUACUGACUUUGUGAGUGCCCUUCUUUCAAACGGAGCAAAUCCAUGCGUCCAAAAUGAGUCUGGAAAAACUGCUUACCAAAUGUGCAAAUCUGAUACCGUUCGCAAUGCUUUUGUUCAGGAGGCUCUUCGGGCUAUUACCAAUGGUCGUCUUUGCCAGCUUAUUUCAUCAGGCGUGUCAGUGGAUUCCGUCGAUUCACAGCAGUCACGUAACACCUUACUGAAUUGGGCUGCCGAUUUCUCAACUGCAGAUAUUGUCAGGACUCUCUGUGAAGGAGGGGCAAAUGUUAACUUUCCCAAUGCAAAGGGCGAAACUCCGCUCGUAACGGCGGUUCGUCGUGGCAACGAACAAUCAGUACGACAACUUCUCGCCUCAGGCGCAGACCCUGCAAUGAAGACAAACAAGGUUUUCAGUCGUUUUUCAGAUGGAAUCACUUUCGUUCGAGAAGCUUUGUUUUCCUACACUUUCUUAUUAACAUCAUUGUCGAUCGGUAUGCUGUUGAUACUAUUUCGUCUUCUUCCUAACAUAUCAGUUGAUAAAAUGUUUUGUGCGACUUUUUUCUUUGUAGUGUUAGCAAUCGUUACCUUUAGUACAGAGAGGUAUACGGAUGGCAAACCAGAAGUGUGGUCGGAUUUGCUUUGGCCACAGCCGAAGCUAAUUAGGAUUGACAGUACUAGUAAAGGGUUCUCCUUUCCUAAGGAUAACAGGCUUAAGAUUUACUUUUGCAAUGCUUCCAAAGGAUGUCCUCUUCGAAUGAUGCAGGCUAUUCAAAUUAGUGCCCCAUUUCUGUCUAGUGUUAAUCUCGAUUUGGACUACCGCGGGCAUAAGACUGCGGAUCAUGGUAAUUCUUCUUUGGAUGGAAAAAUAACGUGUGGUAUUUUUGCUGAUGGUCGGCCAUCAGGUGCAUAUGUGCUGACUAUAGACUGUCGUGGUAUAGAAAUCAUCGCGAGCGAUUAUUGUGGUGUUCGUUUUAUGGCUCAUAAUUCCUGUUUGAUUGUGAUUUCAGUUUCCUACUGUAGCGGUGAUAUCAGCAAACCUUGCCUGAGGUUCCGAGUUUUGCUCAUAUGUCAUCGCCUAUGUGGUUUUAUCUCAUUUUAUUUAGACGGUACUAUCCCUUGUAUCACCGUGCGUGACUGUCCGGACCGUCCAUUCCGCGCAGUUUUCCAAGAUUUUUCGGGUUGUCGAAUCCUUAAUACGGAAACGCUGCUACAGCUUGCUACACGUCUUUCUUAUUGCAAAGCCAAUUUUCUGUUUGUGAAUUUUGAAGUACGUACCACCGAUCGGUACCAACUGCCGUAUACAAAUCGUGAUCUCUUCCACAUGAUGCAAGUCUGUGAAGAGCUUUUUAUUACGCUCGUACCAUCGUUGGACACGCAGUCGAAUUACAUUGAACCAAACACUGCUCGUGAUAUUAUUGAACAGUUCUUGGACGAUUUUCCUCUCAGUAAAACCGCACACUUCGGAGCUAAUUUAUCCAGCAUUCUUAUUGCUAACAGAAAUGUACUUGCGGCGGUGCAGCGUCGAGUACCAAGGAUCUUUCUGUCAUCACAUGUUGAUGAGAAGAACGCGUUUUUGUUGUCUUCGGUGCCUUCUUAUGUCACGUUAUGUAUUGAAGGAUGUUUUCCGUUUGAAGUUGAUAGAUUGUUGUCGCCAAGAGUUUCUAUCGUAUUGAAGUUUUCGACGGGAGAUGAUGGAUAUUUAUGUGCUGCUCCGGAUUCCACUGCAAAAAAGGCGUUGCUGGCUUCAAGACUUAGCGAGAAAUGUAACGUGUUAGGGACGAUGGUAUGCGAUCUCUCAACUGGUUGUGAAGCAAUGCCACAUUCAUUGUCUUAUAUGUCGUUGUUGUCAACAUUGGGCGUUGCAUGGAAUGGAACGUGUGACAUGAAAAAAUUUUCAUUUUUACAACCCGCUAUUGCGGCCCAUCAUAUUCUUAUGGACGGUGACAUGGCUGCUUUAUUCGAACAAGCAGCUACGCUAGGUCGUGUGGAGCAUGAACUCACUAAGGUUGCUUGCGGAACCUGGCGUCCUAUAUUUCCAAAUUCGCCGACCUCUGAAGGAGGAGAAGCUGGUUUCGGACAAAAUAAGAAGGGAUCAAUUUCAGUUUUUGUUGAGAUGAUUCUCAACCCUGAAGCUCUCAAUCUCGAACGUCUUACACCCGUUAUUUUCAAGAAAGCUAGAAUCGAAUUACGUCGCAGUUUAAUGGCUCUUGACGCCGCUAGAAAAACUCUUCCGUACAAUUUUGAACUAGCUUUAGUGCUCGCAGAGAUUAAAUUGGUCACAGAGUUAAUGGUUUUAACCAGCAGGUUAGGGCAGGCUUUAUGUAUACAUGGAAUGAAAUCCAUCCAAGCAAAAGGCCGUGAGGAAGGGCUUCAUUAUUCACCUGGACGUGUAGGUGUUGCUCAUCUGCCCCUAACUAUGCGAACUGACUUCGCAAAUAGGUUGGUU